AUGCCUUCUCACUCGUCUUCGUCCUUCUUCUCCCGCUUAAGGCAUAAGGGUUCCAAGAAGAAGGGUGAUGUUUCAGCUGAGGCGCCUCCGGCUAAUGCCAAAACAACAACCCACAAAACCAUCGAUGACCUUCUUCAAAAUGCUAGUCCCGCUGCUGUUGCAACGGCCUCUACUUCUGGGAGCAAAGAAAUGACCCACGAUAUAGCUGAGAACUUGUGGAACGCGGCUUACAAUGGCCUGAAAGUUGAGGAAAAGGAGCUGGUCGACGCCUACGAGAGGAUACUGUCUCGUGAACUCGAUGAUCCAUCCUCUGCGGACGCCGAAAGCAAUAAGAUUGAACAAAGCGAUCCUCGGAAGAGGCAGUUACAGAUGGAAGAACUCGUCCGAGUCGGCACGAAGAAGUUAGAACGAGGAGACAAGGUGAAGUUGGGUACUGGGAAAGCAAUGCAGGGCAUUCUUGCUUUGAAUAAUACUAUUGGGGCGGCGCUGCAGCCAGUUCCCCAAGCAGCCCUUGCCUGGAUACUUGUUAACCCGACUACGGAAACUAUCGCGAAUCGUGGGGGAAUCAGUUAUGUUGCUGCGCGGAUGGACUGGUAUUGUGAGCUGUCGCAACUACUGCUCAGGGAGAACACAGUGGAUGGGGGCUUGUCUGCAGGCCUGCGUUCCAAGUUGGAGGGCCGAUUGAUCGAUCUCUACAAGCUCCUCCUAUCGUACCUCAUGAAGACUGUCUGUUCUCUCUAUCGGAAUCGCGUUGUUAACUACCUCCAGGAUAUGAUCAAGCUCAAUGACUGGGACAGCAACUUAAAGGCAAUUCAAACCGCUGAAAAAUCCAUUCAGCAGGAUUCUGCCGAUUACACUACCCAACAGAUAAAAUCCCAUCUGGAGCAGCUGGUCAGUUUUGCUCACAAUCAAGAGACGGAACUUCUCUCCAACCUCGAGCAAGCACUUCAGAAUCAGACCAAGCUGCAGAAGGAGAUGAAGGACAAGGAGGAGGACAACAGGUUGCUUAAGGACCUUUGUCUGACAGAUCCCAGAGAUGACAUCGCACGUAUUGAACAAACCAAGGGCGGGCUACUUGAGGGCUCGUGUGCUUGGAUUCUUGAGCGUCAGGAUUUUAUCGACUGGAAAGACGGAGAUGGAUCUGGCCUGUAUUGGAUCAAAGGCGGGCCGGGAAAGGGCAAGACGAUGCUUUUGAUUGGCAUUAUCCAGGACAUGCUGCGAACGGCACAGGACACCAGCCUAGUGUCCUUCUUUCUCUGCCAGAAUACCGACCCGAAGCUCAACAGCGUGACAGCUAUACUCCGAGGUCUCGUCUAUCAACUUGCUUUACAAGAACGAGCUCUUAUACCGUAUAUCCGCUCAGACUACGACAGCCGGGGACGGUUGCUGUUUGAAGACACCAAUGCAUUCUUUGCGUUGUCGAGAAUUUUGUCCAGAAUGCUCAAUCACCCAAACCUGCCCAGGGUCUAUAUUAUCAUUGACGCAUUGGACGAGUGCGAGACGGAUUUGCAACCAUUACUUAUGCUCAUUACAGAAUAUGCCUCGUCGUCACGGCUGCGGUGUCUUGUAUCUAGUCGACCCAGAGACGAGAUUAGGAGUCUCCUAGGCGUCAGCGGCUGCUGCACCGAGCUAGACCUCGAUGAAAACGCGCUGGAGAAUGUAGAGACUGCGGUGAGAGCUUAUAUUGACUACGAGAUAACAGAACUUACGCAGCGGAAAAGAUACAGUCCGAAGCUCCAUCAAGAAGUAAAAGAUUAUCUCCAACUUCAUGCGGACGGCACAUUUCUCUGGGUGGCUCUGGUCUGCCAGCAGCUACGGAAAACACUUCUCUGGAAGACGUCGUCUGUGCUGAAAUCGUUUCCCUCAGGUUUGGAGCCUUUAUAUCAACGAAUGAUGGGGGAAAUGCAUCACCUAAAAACAGAAUCACCGGAGACAUUUGAUUAUUGCCGACGUAUCCUUGGGUCUAUUACACUUGCCCUGCGGCCACUACAUCUGACCGAGCUCGGUCUUCUGGUUGGACUUGAGCCAGAACUUGCUGAAGAUCAAGCAUCUCUAGAGGAGAUUGUUGGAUUGUGUGGCAACUUUCUAGUUGUCCGCAAAGAAAUGAUCUAUUUUGUCCAUCAAUCAGCCAAAGAUUACCUCACUACUCAUGGAUACAAGGUGAUAUUCCCAAAUUGCGACGCAGUCAUCCACUCAGACAUUGUUUCCCGCGCGUUGGAGGACAUGUCGAAUACAUUGUGUCGGGAUAUUUGGGAUUUGCGUGACCCCGGCUGCGCUGCGGAAGAGAUUGAAACUCCUGUUCCAGAUCCGCUUCGAUACGUUCGAUACGCAUGUACCUAUUGGAUCGAUCAUCUCUGUGAGCUUGACGCAUAUACUCAACAGAGCUUGGGACUAUGCGAUAAUGGCGCAGUCAGUGCAUUUUUCCAGAAACAUCUCCUGCAUUGGCUGGAGGCUCUAAGCCUGCUAAGGAGUAUAACAAGUGCAGUGGAUAUGCUAACAAAAUUGGAACAGUGUCUUGCAGAAAUACCACAUGACACCGCUCAGCUUCUCUCAAUCGUUACGGAUGCAAAGCAUUUUGUCGAUUAUUUUCAGUAUGUCAUCGGGAACGCACCACUACAGGUGUACAUUUCCGCUUUGGUCCUCAGCCCUUCGUCAAGUCAAGUCAAGGCCCUGUUUGAAGACCAAGCACCCUCGUGGAUCAGAAAGGCUCCACUUAUGGAUUCAGAUUGGAAGUUGCACGUUCAUAUACUAAACGGGGAUGUAGUCCAGCCGACGUCCAUCGCAUUCUCUCCAGAUGGGCGAGUCGUGGCAUCGGGUUCAGGUGAUUCAACAAUCCAGAUAUGGAACACAAACACAAAGGCAGUUCAACGGGUUUUGAACGGCCAUAAAGAAUCUGUAGACUCGGUAGCUUUCUCGCGCGAUGGCACUUUACUAGCCUCCGGUUCGUGGGACGAGAUCUUCGUCUGGAGCCAUCAGACAGGGCAGGUAAUAAAGACCUUGGAGGGCCAUGGAGGCCUCGUGUCAUCGGUGGCAUUCUCCCAUGACGACAAAAUGUUGAUUUCUGGCUCAUACGACAACUCAGUACGCAUAUGGGAUGUGCAGACCGGAAAACUCCACCAAAUCCUUGAAGGCCAUACCCGCCCGGUGACAUGUGUUGCGGUUUCGGGACAUUCCCAAGUUGCGUCUUGUGGGUAUGAUGGUACAAUUCGAACGUGGGACGCGAACACAGGAGCUCUGAGGCACAUACUGACGCCUGAUUUGGGCGUCACCCGCUCUAUAUCAUUCUCUCCUGACGGGAAAUUCGUGGCCGCCGGCGCCGGCGAGGCGCUACAAAUAUGGGAUGCCCACCACGGACAGCUUCAGGAAACACUCCAGCAAGGCACCACACAGGCAACAUCUGUGGUCUUUUCCCCAUCCGGGCAGCGCUUGGCUGUGGGAUUCAUGGAUGGAAUUGUUCAAAUAUGGAACGUUGGAACUGGGUCAUGGUCACUGCUUCAAACAAUGGAGGCAGGCGAAAGCGUACAGUCCGUAGCUUUCUCUGGUGACGGUCGCAGGCUUGCGCUUGCCUCCAAAGCGACAGUGCGUAUAUGGGAUACUGAGAUUAACGUAUCGCAGGGGACCCUGGCAGGCCAUACGUCGCCGGUUGGGCCAGUCACCGCGUCGCCUUGUGCAAAGUGGCUAGCAACUGGGUCGUGGGACUGUGCGGUUGGCCUAUGGGACCGAGCAACAGGGCUGCUAGUGCGCACACUAAAAGGACAUACAUCCUCCAUCGGCUGCGUGGAGUUUUCUCCCGAUGGAAAGAUCAUAGCAUCUGGGUCUGGUGAUUCGACGAUUAGAAUUUGGGAUACCCAAACGGGCGAUACAAUGCAUGUUUUUACUGGCCACUCCGGCCCUAUAGAGGUGGCGGUAUUCUCGCCUGAUGGAAGGAGAGUUGCAUCUGCAUCUUCUUAUGACAAUACGAUACGGAUCUGGAACCUACAUAACKGGAUUCUGGAGAGAACCAUAGAGACCUACUCGCCGCUUGCGGUUGCCUGGUCUCAAAACGGGCUGUUACUUGCAUCAGGCACCUCUGCGCGAGGUGUCAGCAUAUGGAACGCAGAGACAGGCGAGCUACAAGACAAGCUAUACAGCAACGGAAUAAGCUCGUCAGUUGCAUUCUCUCAUGACGGGCGUUACCUGGCCUGUGGCUUGUACGAUGGUAGAAUCAUGGUAUAUAAUGUAGAAACUGCGGUUCUGCAAGCCACCAUUGACGUUGAAUCGACGCCUUCAUCCUUGAGAUUUAGCGAAGACGGUUCAAAUCUCUGCACUAGCUUUGCCCGCAUUGCAAUUGCAUUGAACCAGACUCCGGCACAGGCCCUAAUUGCGAAUGCGAAACGGGUUGGAUACGGCCUGGAUUCUGAUAUCUCCUGGAUUACGUGGAAUGGUAGAAGACUCCUUCGGCUACCGUUGGAAUACCGACUACGGGCACAUCUAGUCCGAGAUCAGGUCAUUGCUCUUGCACAUGGGUCGGGUCGGGUGAUUAUCUUUGAGUUUGAGGAUGGUAUAUCGCCAUUGUAA